ACUAACUAGUAAUCGAACGAAGUUAGUAAUGUGUGAGAAAAGUGGAAUGAAAGAAGAAGCUGAAUAUAAUAUUUUAAAUUAUAAUUAAAAUAAUAGUAAAUGAACUUAAUUAGAAUAAAAGAUAAUUGAAUUGUUUAAAAGGUUAAGUGAAAUAAUUAUUAAUCAUCUGGUGGUUGUAUACAGAAACAAAAGUGAAUAAAGUCACAAGGAAUUAGUAAAUCUAUUCACUUCGUUUAAGUUAAAUAAUUACACAGAUUCUAAAUUGUCGAAACUGUUCAAUCGAUUAACUGCGGCCAAAUACCUUUUAAUGCAAUGGCGGUGGGUGGUGCCAUACGUCACAUUCGUCCAGUACCUGAGAUAAAAGAGGAAAGUUUUCAGCAUUCUUUCAAACAGACACAGCGGAAAGAUGACAUAAGUAGGCUUAAACCACCAAAACUGAAACCGCGCUAUGAUUCUAAUUGUAAUCGUAAGCAUACAGCACAUGCAAUAUCUUUUCGCGGUGAAGAGGACUCUUGCUGGGAUACGGACUCUCUCUUACUUUGCGCUACUUAUGAUCCUUCGGUUAACGAAACAUAUUUUGAGCAGUGUUUUACAUGUUUGGCGAAAAUCGGUGAAGGAUCUUUUGGUGAAGUUUUUAAAGUACAGUCUAAGGAGGAUGGUCGCUUGUACGCUGUAAAAAUGUCCAAACAAUUAUUUCGAAGUGAAUUGUACCGUCAAGAACGUUUAGAAGAAGUGCGGCGUUAUGAACAAUUUUCGGGACAUGCAAAUUGUGUGCGUUUCUAUCGCGCUUGGGAGCAAAAAGAUCGCUUAUACAUGCAAAUGGAAUUAUGUCGAGAAAGCUUAGAACGCUAUUUGGAAAGAAAACGGCACAUACCCGAGGAAAAAAUUUGGUCGAUAUUGUUAGAUUUGUUGUUGGCUUUAAAAAGUUUACAUGAUCGCAAUCUUAUUCACUUAGAUAUUAAACUGGAUAAUGUAUUGAUUGGUGACGAUGAUAACUGUAGAUUGGCUGAUUUUGGUUUGGUCAUCGACGUGGAUAGAGCGAAUCGUCAUCAAGCAACAGAAGGUGACUCGCGUUAUGUAGCGCCAGAGAUCAUGAUGGGUGAAUUUUCAAAAGCGGCGGACAUAUUUAGUUUGGGUAUUGCAAUAUUGGAGCUAGCAUGCUUUUUAGAAUUACCUGCCAAUGGCCCCUUAUGGCAGCAACUGAGAAGUGGGCUUUUGCCAGAGGAUUUCAUUAAAACUAUUUCGGAAGAUUUAAAGUGUAUAAUUAAACAGAUGAUGACACCAAAUCCUUCACAAAGACCUACAGUUGAUCAACUAUUAAGUCAUAAAAAGUUUGCUAAAAUGUUGCCAGGAAGGAAAAGACGAACGAAUUGGGAAUUAGUUAGUAAAAUGAAAAAAACAGUCCGCAUAUCAAGUCGUUUGGUUUGGCUAAAAUGGUGCAAAUUAAAGAAUGUAGUUUUUCGAUUUUUUUCUUGUAUUCUAUCGGUAUUCGGUAUACGCGAUGUAAAACAUAUGAAGCCCUCCAGUGCAAAUAAAUUGAACAAUAAACACUCCACUGCUCGUUCCUACUUAGUAUCGUCAACUCCAACAGGGUGUAUAUCGAAGGCAAAGGCUCGAAUUGAUUUUCAAUUUGAUGGCGAUAUCACUGAAAUAAACCAUGGUGCUUCCUGUCAUUCACCAAAUGAAAUGAUUUCCAAUUCUACGCCAGUUAAUCGUAAUCAAUGCUCUUUCCGUAUAAGAAAGGAUUUAAGUAAAACAAAAUUUAAUGAUGAAAGUGGUUCCUUUUUGGAUAAAAGUACUUUCGAUUACUUGGAUGAUUGGGAAUCUGAUUCUCAAAGUAGUUUUCGCAAAUCUUUCGAUAUUUCCGCACUUCGCAGAAAAAAACUUUUUUUCAAAUUUGAUGAUGACACUGAUUAAUCUUUAUAUUUCUAUAUAUAGCUUUGUUAAUGUUCCUUCUAUUUGUUAAUUGUUGUAUGAUUAUGUUUUGGCUUAUCAAUGGAAUUUAUUUUGUUUAAUUGCAUAUAUACCACUAGUUCACUUUUUAUUUGAUUUUCUUAUUAUAUUAGUUAUUACUAUCUACUCUAACGUUUUCAUCAUGUUUUUGCACUGUAAUAUCGAAGGCUGAGAUAUAACAGUUCAAUACAUAAUCCAAGACCUUUUUGUUAUGUAUGGAUUUUAUUGAUCAUCAAUACGUUUAUAAACAUUACUGUUAUAUUUAAUAAACAAUUAUUUGCUAUAUAUAAAUACAUAAAUACAUACA